AUGGCUGCCACCACCACCAGCAUCCACCAGUUCUCCACCUCUGGCUCUAUCAAGGGCCUAUGUGCACCUGGUGGGAGCUUCUCUCGGAUGUCUUCCGUCCGCAUUGGGGGUGCCUGUAGGGCCCCCAGUCUCCUGGGAGGUGGCAGCUGUGGCAACAUGUCGGUCACGUCGUCUCGCUUCUCCGCGGGCUUGGGGGGUGGCUAUGGUGGCGGCUACACUUGUAGCCUAGGUGGUGGCUUUGGCUCUAGCUUUGGCUCCAGCUUUGGUGUAUCAGAUGCCCUCCUGGGGGGCGGUGAAAAGGAGACCAUGCAGAACCUCAAUGACCGCCUAGCCUCCUACCUGGACAAGGUGCGUGCCCUGGAGGAGGCCAAUGCUGACCUGGAGGUGAAGAUCCGGGAGUGGUACAAGAAGCAGGGCCCUGGGCCUGCUCGUGACUACAGUCACUACUUCAAGACCAUUGAGGAACUGAAGAGCAAGAUCCUGGCAGCUACGAUUGACAACGCCAAUUUCGUGCUGCAGAUCGACAAUGCCCGCCUGGCAGCUGAUGACUUCCGAACCAAGUAUGAGACAGAGCUGAACCUGCACAUGAGUGUGGAGGCCGACAUCAACGGCCUGCGCAGGGUGCUGGACGAGCUGACCCUCGCCAGAGCUGACCUGGAGAUGCAGAUCGAAGGCCUGAAGGAGGAACUGGCCUACCUGAAGAAGAACCACGAGGAGGAAAUGAAUGCCCUUCGAGGCCAGGUGGGUGGAGAUGUCAGCGUGGAGAUGGAUGCAGCCCCUGGGGUGGAUCUGAGCCGCAUCUUGAAUGAGAUGCGUGACCAGUAUGAGAAGAUGGCAGAGAAGAACCGCAAGGAUGCCGAGGACUGGUUCUUCAGCAAGACAGAGGAGCUGAACCGUGAGGUGGCCACCAACACUGAGGCCCUGCAGAGCAGCAGGACAGAGAUCACGGAGCUCCGCCGUUCUGUGCAGAACCUGGAGAUCGAGCUGCAGUCCCAGCUCAGCAUGAAAGCAUCACUGGAGAACAGCCUGGCUGAGACAGAGGCGCGCUAUGGGGCCCAGCUGGCCCAGCUGCAGGGACUCAUCAGCAGCAUUGAGCAGCAGCUGUGUGAGCUGCGCUGUGACAUGGAGCGGCAGAAUCAUGAAUACCAGAUCUUACUGGACGUGAAGACCAGGCUGGAGCAAGAGAUUGCCACCUACCGCCGCCUGCUGGAGGGCGAGGAUGCCCACCUGGCCACUCAGUACUCCUCAUCCCUGGUCUUGCAGCCCACCCGGGAAGCCAUGGUGACUAGCCGCCAGGUGCGCACCAUCGUGGAGGAAGUCCAGGACGGCAAGGUGGUCUCCUCCCGUGAGCAGCUCCACCGCUCGACCCACUGA